AGUAAUAUUGUAAUUUUCAUGAUAGACAAUUGGUAUCUCAGGCAUAUUUCUUAUGCAGAUGUCCUAUUUAACACUUAAAAUAUUAUAAGAGAAUUCAAUAAUGAAAGGGUAGAGUAAAUAUAAGAGCAAUCCUAAAAGACAAGCUGCUCCACUGACAUAUAAUCCUAAGAGUAUUGCUAUUAUAGCAGAUCCUAUAGUAAAAACCCAAUCUAUAAAGGUAUAUAGUAGCAUUUUAAUAAAUUAAAUGAAAGAGUCUAAACGAAAAAAUUUACAUUCAACAUUUGGAAAGGCUGGUCGUUUUCCUAAAUAGCAGUUCUUCCAUGAAAACUUAAUCAUUAAUGAAUCAAGUUAAUUAUAAAAAUCUCGUGGCCCUACUUUCCCUAAAGGUUAACGAAUUAUCUUUCAUGGGAACUAACAAACUCCAGGACCUGGAAAUUAUAAUAUAUCAGAAGCAAAAGUUAUUAAAAGUCAACCUGAAAAAGCUUAUAAAGUGAACAAGGAAUUUUUGGAUUAUAUGAAUUCAAGACCUAAGUCUGUUUAAUAAUGCAAUCCAGGACCAGGUACUUAUGAAUUGGGUUCUACAUUACGGAAAAGGGGAAUUUCAUUCACAAGAUCAAGAAUUGGUAGUUUGAGAAUCUCAUAAUCUCCUGGGCCUGGAUAAUAUACAAUUAGUAGGCCAAUUUCUAGAGUUUAGUGA